AUGGAGGAUCUCCUGAAGUCUGUGGUGAAGGAGAGACGAGCUCAGAAGUGUCACUCUGCUUUUGUGGACUCGCUGAUCCAGUCCAGCCUGACCGAGCCCCAGAUCAUGGAGGACUGCAUGGUCUUCACUCUGGCAGGAUGUGUCAUUACAGCCAACUUGUGCAUCUGGACUCUCCGCUUCCUCUCCACGUCAGCGGAGGUGCAGGACAAGCUGUACCAGGAAGUCCUCGAGGUCCUGGGUUCAGAACCAGUCACGCUGGAGAAGGUCCCGCAGCUCAGAUACUGUCAGCAGGUCCUGAUGGAGACGGUCAGGACGGCCAUGCUGACCCCUGUGGCGGCCCGGCUCCAGGAGGUCGAGGGGAAAGUGGACCAGCAUGUCAUCCCCAAACAGACACUGGUCAUCUAUGCGCUGGGCGUGGUCAUGCAGGAUCCGGACACGUGGAGCAGCCCGUACAGGUUUAAUCCGGACCGCUUUGAGGAAGAGUCGGCCAGAAAAACCUUUAGUCUGCUGGGGUUCUCUGGAAGUCGCACCUGCCCUGAGCUCAGGUUUGCGUACACAGUCGCCAGUGUUCUGCUCAGUUCGGUGGUUCGCCAUCUGCGGCUCGGUGCCGUUAAGGGCCAGGCCAUGGAGGUUCGCUCGGAGCUGGUGUCCUCGCCCAAAGACGAGACGUGGCUGACAGUCUGCAGCAGGACCUGA